AUGUACCGUAUCCAACUGGCAAAUGUCACUGGACGUCGAUAUCUUUCGUCGCACCUUUAUCCAAGUCCUGCGUCGACGGCCGAUAAUCCCGAAGUAGAAAGCGCGCUGUUGGAUGCCAUCCAGUUCGCAAAGCCCGCUUCCGCCUCGGGGCUGGCCUCAGGCGAGCAACAGCAGCAACAGCAGCAACAGCAGCAACAGCAGUCCCUGCAUAGAAGUGCGGCUGUGCCGGGUAACAUGGUCGAAAUUGUCCUGGAGAAAGCUUCCGCUAAAGCUCCUGUUCACCCCGAUGCAAGCGAACCUGGUUAG